AUGUCGGGUCUCGGUCUGCACACGGGAGAUUACUCCCUAACGGAGGAUGAUUCGCUUUGGGAAAUGGCGGAGGAAACGAAGAAGCUUGGAAACAAGUAUGUAAAGGAAAGUCGUUUCGCCGACGCUAUCCAGCGCUACAGCGAAGUGAUCAUGCAGUGCCGCGGGAUGAAGCCGGAGGUUGUCAAACGGAAAGAGGAGGAGAUUCGGGCUCUGAUACAAAGCUGCUACCUGAAUCUGGCGAUGUGUUUUCUAAAAGCCGAGAACUGGACCCACGCAUACAACACCGCGCACCGAGCCCUGUAUGGUGAUGAAGACCCGCCGAACCCAAAGCACGACGUGCUCAACUCGAGUCAGAAGGCCAAAGCUCUGUUCCGAAAGUGCACGGCGGCCUUGAAUGUCCUAGACGGCGUGGCGGAGAAGACGGAAAACUUCGCACCGGCCACUAUCAAAGUCUCACCCACAAUGGCAAGCAUCGACAAGGAUGUGACGAAAGCACUCAGUUACGAACCAAAAGAUGCCGAGCUGCUAAAAAUGCAAAAGGUAGUACAACUAGAUGAACUUUUCUACAUAUCACAGUCAGAGGCAGGUUGAUGGUACUGCGUUUUUGGUCUGCGAGUACCCUGGUGUUGCUGCUGCUCUUGUUCCAACAAUUGAUUCUAUGUAUGUGUAACAUAAUCGUAAAUAAACCGCAGACCGUCCGCGAGCGGCUCCGGGAGGAAAAGAAAGACGAAAAAGCCCGCAUGAAGGGGUUCCUUGGAACUGAAAAAUUCGCGAAAAGCAUAGGGGGGAACGACGACAGGGCGAAGGCGGAUCAGCAGUUGGACCCGAAGAAGCUGGAAGCGGCCAAUUUACGGGUAGACGGCCAGGACGUGGGGGGCGAGGACGCGGACCACUUCACAGAGAUGAUCGGGGAGUUGAACGAAAUGGUCCAGGACGAUCCGGAGACGUUUCAGAAACUGAAAGAAAAAAUCCGGGCGCAGUGUGAAGCAAACGACGCGCUUCCGGAGAAAUUUCUAGAGAAAGGAGCAGGUGCACCGGAAGAAUCAGCAACGCCGACUACCGAAGCGGAAGCCGUGGCCGCGGCUACCACCUGAAGGAUGCAAAAUUCAAAAUGAACAACGCUGCGCCCGUUGCAAUGAAUUUGAAUGGUCCUAAAAAUGCCAAUUUUUCGUACCAAAAGAGGCAAUGAAUGGCAAGCAUCAUCUUUCAUCGCGUGCAAAACACAAACAGAUAAAUAAGCACAAAUGAGGCGAGGCUCGUCCACGAUAAAAAUGACAAAUUGAAACUUUCGACUCUUUCUUUGGUACCCGCAGG